AUGAAAGAUCCGCAAAAGCGGAUGAAGCAGAUAGGAUGCGAAAUGUAUGGAUUCGUCGGAUGGAGCAGAUGGCACUUGCAGAUUGGACAGGAUGCAAAUCAAAAUCAAAGGAAGUUCAUUAAAGAUUGGAUGGAUAGAAAAGUGGGAGAAAGUUACAUGAAUAACAAGAAAAAUGUGUAUGUUGGAUGGAUGUCGGAUGGACGCCUGAUGCAUUGGAAAAGUGGUGGAUACGAGCCUAGCGUAGGGAUACUCCCUACACCUGCCAGGGACUUAGAUACUGACCAUCCCUGCUGUGGACUUCUGAUGGAUGUGAAACGCGAGAAGACGGAUAAACAUGCAUCUUUAGCAACUGAUUCAAAUGAGGAUGAACAUAUCCGACGCGAAUUCGAUGUGAUCCGUGAACAGCUAGCGGGUGCAGCUAAAUCAGUACCAGAUGAUAAGGAUGAGUUGCUGGAGGAGAAGGAGGAUUGGAUGCAGCUAUGGGUAGAUCUGACAACUUGCUUGGAGGCAUGCAUAACAGUUGGAAGGGGGAAGGGCAUUGUCCUUGGGCUAUCUGUGGAUGAAGUGAUUGCAGGUGAUGCGGGUCAAUCGAUGUAUGAGCACUUCUGCGGACAGGUCAGCGCGUUGAAGGCAGCCGCUAUCCGGACGCCUGAGCCAAUUCAGCAGGAUACAACGAGUGUUGCGACUGGGAUGGUGACUAGGAAGAAGUCGGUGAUGGAGUGCAUGAGUGCUAAAGCUCCGAUCGAUCCGAUGCAUGUGGUGCAUACUCCUCCAUGCACUCGAUGCCAGGGAAAGGAACUUGUCUGUGAGGGUCCGAAGGGUCAGGGUUGCACUUCCUGCCGGACUGCGAAGCAAUCGUGUGACUAUGCGACAGGUUCUUGUUCUGCAGCGCAUAGAGAGAAGGCUGAUGUUAGCAGGGCGUCUGCAGUCAGUGCAUCUGUGAGCGGGUCUAUCCGUCGCACGGUCUCGUCUCCUACUCUGGACUCUGCUGCUAAGGAUGCUUCAUCGGAUGGGGAAUCUGAGGUUGCAGCCAAUCUGCCGCCUCGUUGUAUUUGUCCCCGUCCUACUCGUCAGACUAACAAGGGAAAAGGCCGUGCAAUCAAUGUCGAUGAAUAUGAGGAUGAGAAGUCGAAAAUGCGGAUGGAAAAUGAUGAGCUUCAUCAUGGAUUGCGCCUUGUGCAAGGUAAGCUUUUGAAGAUGUACGAAUUGGCAUAUGACUUGGUGGAUGACCUGAAGAAGAUGGAGGCGAAGUUGGUGGAUCGCAUGUAA